AUGUCCAGGGAAAGGGUCAGGAGCCCCGAGGGGGCCAGUAGCAAUGUCUCCCAGGUGACAGCCACCAUGGAUACCUAUGGCAAGGAUCCCCUCACCCGCAAGGCCAGCAAGCUGGUGCAGUUCCUGCUGGAGAAGUACAGAUCGCAGGAGCCCGUCACCCAGGUCGCCUUGCUGAAGGUGGUCAACAAGAAGUACAAGCCGCACUUCGCCGAGAUCCUCAGAAGAGCCUGUGAUCGCAUGGAGCUGGUGUUCGGGCUGGAGUUGAAGGAAGUCAACCGCAGCAACCCCACCUAUAUCCUGGUCAACAAGCUGGGGCUCUCCAGCGAAGAGGAUCUGUCCGGUGGUGUGGGCAUGCCCAAGACCGGCUUCCUGAUGGCGCUGCUGGGUGUGAUCUUCAUGAAGGGCAACCGGGCCUCGGAGGAGGAGGUGUGGGAAUUCCUCAAUGUCUUGGGGGUGCAUGCUGGCAGGAGGCACUUAAUUUUUGGGGAGCCCCGCAAAUUCAUCACCCAAGAUCUGGUGCAGGCCAAGUACCUGGAGUACCGCCAGGUGGCCGGCAGUGAUCCCCCCACUUACGAGUUCCUGUGGGGGCCGCGGGCCCACGCGGAAACCACCAAAAUGAAGGUUCUGAGCGUGCUGGCCAAGAUCAGCCACACCACCCCGAGUGCCUUCCCCGGGCUGUACGAGGAGGCUCUGUGUGAUGAGGUGGAGAGGGCAUCACUGCGAUGCCUGGCCAGGGCUCGCUCUGGUGGCCAGGUGCCCCUGCUGUCCCUGACCAGCGUCCUCAUGCCUCGCGGUCAGAAGAGCAAGCUCCGGGCCCGGGAGAAACGUCACCAGUCCCGGGGGGAGACCCAGAGUCCCGAGGGUGACCAGGCCCAGGCCCAGGCCCAGGAGCACAGGAGGGCCCUGGCCUGUGGCUGUCACCAUGUAAGGGUCCCCUGCCUCAUGUCCAGGGAAAGGGUCAGGAGCCCCGAGGGGGCCAGUAGCAAUGUCUCCCAGGUGACAGCCACCAUGGAUACCUAUGGCAAGGAUCCCCUCACCCGCAAGGCCAGCAAGCUGGUGCAGUUCCUGCUGGAGAAGUACAGAUCGCAGGAGCCCGUCACCCAGGUCGCCUUGCUGAAGGUGGUCAACAAGAAGUACAAGCCGCACUUCGCCGAGAUCCUCAGAAGAGCCUGUGAUCGCAUGGAGCUGGUGUUCGGGCUGGAGUUGAAGGAAGUCAACCGCAGCAACCCCACCUAUAUCCUGGUCAACAAGCUGGGGCUCUCCAGCGAAGAGGAUCUGUCCGGUGGUGUGGGCAUGCCCAAGACCGGCUUCCUGAUGGCGCUGCUGGGUGUGAUCUUCAUGAAGGGCAACCGGGCCUCGGAGGAGGAGGUGUGGGAAUUCCUCAAUGUCUUGGGGGUGCAUGCUGGCAGGAGGCACUUAAUUUUUGGGGAGCCCCGCAAAUUCAUCACCCAAGAUCUGGUGCAGGCCAAGUACCUGGAGUACCGCCAGGUGGCUGGCAGUGAUCCCCCCACUUACGAGUUCCUGUGGGGGCCGCGGGCCCACGCGGAAACCACCAAAAUGAAGGUUCUGAGCGUGCUGGCCAAGAUCAGCCACACCACCCCGAGUGCCUUCCCCGGGCUGUACGAGGAGGCUCUGUGUGAUGAGGUGGAGAGGGCAUCACUGCGAUGCCUGGCCAGGGCUCGCUCUGGUGGCCAGGCCCGCGUGCCCUCGGGGGCCAAGCCACCCAGCUCCCCCCACACCUAG